CGUCGAAUGAGUUCACGAGUCUGGUCUCGCCAACAAAUGUCUCCUGUCCACUGCACCCAUCCAUCAGAGGCACCCUGACUGAUGUGCACACACGCUGACACCGUCUCCGUCGGCCAUUGGAUGCGCCACCCAUCGCCACCGCCCCGUGCAGGGUUGAGAAGUGCACCCUGCACGUGAGGCUACCGAGGAUGUGGUCAACCACUGGUCGGACCAGAGAGAAGUCGGGAGAUGUCCAAUCAAUGCAUGUAGCCACAGCAAACGAAAAGCCCCCCUGCCCCGAUAGGCAGGACCGUCAGUCGCUCAUUCGCGGCCAUGCAUUCAUCAUGUCGGUACAUGCUUACCCAUGCGAGAAGACUGUACACUGACAACACCGCCGCCCGCCCACAAGUCAAGUCAAGGCAAGGCAAAACAAGACAGGCCACACGCACUCGAUGGAAGAAAGAGCCGGACUGUGCAGGACCCAAGUUUUCUCCUCGACAAAAAUAAGCAGCCAGCCAUGCAGCUAACUCACUUCCCCCUCCCUCCUCUCCCUCUGCACACAUGGACGCGCACACCACAGCCGCCGUGCUGCCUCUGAAAAAAGAGCGCUUCUCAAGGAGACGCGAAUAGCAGGUAGAAGGUGAUGACCACGCCCAGGAACAGCAGCAUGUUGGUCACCGCCUGCUGCACCUGCUCCUCCACUGACGCACACCGACACAGAACAAGAGACAGACAGUGUGUCGUGAAAGCCAAAGCGUGUGUGUGUGUGUGGUCACCUUGCUGCUGCUGUGGGGUGGUUCUCCGUUGCCCGUCAGGUGUGGUCCCGCUGCCACCCGACACGCCACCACUUCCACUCCCCUGAGGCCCCAUACCACCGCCAAACGGACUCCCCCAAUCCAACUGAGCCACAAGUAGCACGAAAAAGGCACAUGUGAGGUUGUGUUGUUAUGACUCGGUGCAAUGACAAUGCACUCACUCACCCCUCCACUAUUGUUGUGGCCGCCCCCUAAUGUGAAGGUGAAUCCAGCACCGAAGAGGCCAAGAGGGAAGGGCAGGAUGGAGAAGGCGAUGUUGGCCGGACCGAACCCGCCGAAACGCUGAGACUGGAACCAUCCACCGCCCUGACAAACACGACGCAUAACACACACACACACACACACAGAGAGAGAGAGAGAGAGAGAGAGAAUGAGUGAAAUGGCGGCGACACGGAUAGUGGACGAGUGGUCAGGGAGAGUGCUGUGGUUUGUACCUGUGGUCUCUGGCGGUUCGGCGCCUGUGGCCGUUCGCCCUUGGGGCGCUGCGGAAUCUUUCGCUCCUUCUUCCUGCACACACCAACCAACACACGAGAGUCACGGCGAUUGGACGUACCGUAUGUGUGUGUCACUGCGUGAUGGCCGAUGACUAACUGCCCACCUCACCUGGGGUCCUCCUCUUUGCCGCCUCUCGAGUAGAGCGGUAUGAGGCUGUCGACCGUCACGCCCGCCUUACACACGGGACACUCCUCCUUGCCGUCGACCAGCCAGUCAUGCAGACACGCCCAACAAUACUAAACACAACACAAAACACAACACAACACGCCACGUCACAAACACGUGUUUGUUGUGCAUGGUCGUGGUCGUCCCGCUGACCAGGUGGCCGCAUCGCGUGACGACAGGCUCUGUGGCCUCUUCAAAGCAGAUGGCGCACUCGAAUUUGGAGCUCUCGUUGCCGCCAGGAGGGCGGGAGGCCGACGUUGGCUCUCCCCUCGAUGAUGCGGAUGCCGACUGUGACGAUGACGAGCUCAUUCACGCUAGCAAUGUCAGAAGUGCAAG